UGGGAGGGUAUAAACACAUAUGCGGCGCUUCCGUGAUAGACGAGUGGUGGAUCAUGACCGCCGCUCACUGCUCUCUCUCUGACGCGAACUAUAAGAUCGUAGCCGGUGAACAUAAAUUAUCAGCAGUUGAAGAUGAGGAGCAGCACCGAGAGGUAGAAACCAUUGUCAUACAUCCUGGGUGGGACAAUGAUACAUAUGAGAAUGAUAUUGCCCUCCUGAAGCUGUCAGAGAAGCUGGAACUGGAUGGAAAGACUGUCGCUCCCAUCAGUCUGCCAACACCACUAACCAAAUCCACAGGUGAAUGUGUGGUGGCUGGCUGGGGCAGAAUAAGUAACGAAAACUGCACAUGCUCUGACGUGUUGAGGAAAGUCCGGUUACCUAUCGUCUCAGACGAAGAAUGCAGAGAGACAUACGCUACCAUUAAUAAAGAGAUCUUCGACAGUAAUAUCUGCGCUGGAUACAAGGAGGGUGAAAAAAGCUCCUGCAAGGUGAUUCUGGCGGCCCCUUCGUCUGCCAGGGAGAAAACAACAAGAACUACGUGGCUGGCUUGGUGUCUGGGGGCAUAGGAUGUGGUUGCAUGAGCACUCCUGUCGUGUACACUGAGGUGAGCUACUUUGUUGACUGGAUCAAUGAGGUCAGGAAUCAGGAGUCGUUGCAACACUGACCCAUGCGACCCAUCACGGCAAGGAAGGAAAACACACAGACGACCCUGAAAUGCAAAACACCGCCACCCUCAAUGCCAAGACCAGCAUCCUCCAUUGGCAAAGACACCAUGGAGGACCACUCCUCAAACUACUUCACAAAUCACAUCACAAUACACUCUUUCAACACGUGCCUGCAUGUGUCAGUCGCUUUUAAGUAUUGGGACCUUUAUUUGCUUGUACAGUGAAUGUCUCAGGCUUGGAGUCUUUGUCUUCUGCGACAUUUACAAAACUAAUACACUGACCACAAUCCUACGGCAUUAUAUAGACGUGAAAUAAAGUCUCAGCAUAAC